CCGUGCGUGGACCCGCCUUCUUCCAGGAGGAUCCUCUUCCUCCUCCUCCCUCUCUCUGUCUGCAGGACAACUUCCUGGCCCUCCUCGCCAUCGCCGUCCCGAGGAUGACUCAAGCGGAGAAGGGGGAAGUGGCGGCGGCGGCCUCGUCCUCGUCGUCUGCGGCGGCAGCAGCGGAGAACGGGAAGGACAAGGAGCGCGACAAGGAGAAGGAGCAGCGCGGAGGAGGCGGAGGAGGAUCCAAGAGGCCCAUCGUCCCCGCCGCCGUCCCCGAGUCCCUCCAGGAGCAAAUACAGAGUAACUUCAUUAUCGUGAUACAUCCUGGCUCAACGACCUUAAGGAUCGGCAGAGCUACGGACACACUCCCUAUCAGCAUUCCUCACGUCAUUGCAAGAAGACACAAACAGGCAGGACAAUCCAUAUACAAAGACAGUUGGCUGCUAAGGGAAGGGCUCAGUAAACCUGAAAGUACAGAGCAAAGACAAAAUGGCCUUAAAAUGGUUGACCAAGCAAUAUGGUCCAAGAAGAUGUCAAAUGGUGCCAGACGUAUACCAGUGUCACCUGAUCAGGCUCGGUCUUAUAAUAGACAAAUGAGACCUGCUAUUUUAGAUCACAGCUCUGGGACAAAAUGGACAAACACCGGGCAUCACCCAGAAUAUGUCGUUGGAGAAGAGGCCCUGUAUGUUAACCCUGGGGACUGUUACAAUAUCCAUUGGCCUAUUCGACGAGGACAACUUAAUCUUCACUCAGGGCCUGGUGGCUCCCUUACCGCAGUCCUGGCUGAUCUUGAAGUAAUAUGGUCACAUACAAUACAGAAAUAUUUAGAAAUACCUUUGAAAGAUUUGAAGUAUUACAGAUGCAUUUUAUUGAUUCCAGACAUCUAUAAUAAGCAGCAUGUUAAGGAAAUAGUAAAUAUGAUCCUCAUGAAGAUGGGCUUCUCAGGAAUAGUGGUGCAUCAGGAAUCUGUCUGUGCUACUUUUGGAAGUGGUUUGGGUAGCGCAUGUAUUGUUGAUGUGGGGGAUCAAAAGACAAGCAUCUGCUGUGUGGAAGAUGGCGUUUCGCAUCGUAACACCAGGUUAUGCCUUGCAUAUGGAGGCUCUGAUGUAUCUAGAUGUUUCUAUUGGCUUCUGCAGCGAGCUGGAUUCCCUUACCGAGACUGCCAUUUAUCUAAACGGACAGAUUGCCUUCUCCUCCAGCAGUUAAAAGAAACAUUUUGUCAUUUGGACCAGGAUUUAUCUGGAUUGAAAGACCAUGAGUUCCAAGUCCGUCACCCAGAUUCUCCAGCUUUGUUGUAUCAGUUGCGCUUAGGAGAUGAAAAAUUACAGGCACCAAUGGCAUUGUUUUAUCCAGCAACAUUUGGAAUUGUGGGGCAAAAAAUGACAUCUUUACAACAGAGGUCGCAGGGUGAUCCCGAGGAUCCACAUGAUGAACAUUAUCUCUUAGCUACACAAAGUAAGCAGGAGCAGUCUGCAAAAGCAACAGCUGAUCGGAAGUCCAAGCCUGGUGGAUUUGAGGGCGACAUGCGUGGCCAAUCUGCAAAUGCUGCUGAAAAUCUCUACCCUCCGGAAGUGGAGUUGGGCACUUCUCAUGGAGAGUGUAUCCUUGGUGGAAAUGAUUCUGAAGAACCACUGACAGCUCACAUGUCCAGAAAAUCUGCUGUUUCUCAGUUUGAAGGGAAGGCGUUAGGCCUUGACAAAGCAAUUCUACACAGCAUUGAUUGUUGUGCAUCAGAUGAUACAAAAAAGAAAAUGUACAGUUCAAUCCUGGUAGUAGGAGGUGGUCUGAUGUUUCAUAAAGCUCAGGAAUUUCUUCAACAUAGAAUUCUCAACAAAAUGCCUCCUUCUUUCAGGAGAGUUGUUGAAAAUGUAGAAGUCAUUACAAGACCCAAGGACAUGGAUCCUCGUUUGAUUGCCUGGAAAGGGGGUGCCGUUUUAGCAUGUUUGGAUACAACACAGGAGCUCUGGAUAUAUCAACGAGAAUGGCAGCGCUUUGGAGUUCGGAUGUUACGCGAAAGAGCCGCUUUUGUGUGGUGAUGCAGUGAGACUUUAGUAAGAUGGGAUGCUAGUUGUGAUGUUUUUCCUUUAGAAUUCCAAACAUGCCCAUGAUCCUAAUGUUUGUGUUUUUAAUAAAAUAAAUUAAAAAUA